AUGACUAUAAGACUUACAACACCAGCAUUACCAAAUCAUCCAGGUCGAGCAGCAUUAAUUUCUGGUUCAAAACGUCAUCCAGUUAGUCCAAAUAUUCCAAUUACAAAUCGUUCAAUUAAUUUAAAUUCAACAUCAGCUUCAUCUCCAACAUUUAGCAAUAUUGAACAUAUUCGAAGUUAUUCUUUAUCUCGUACUCAUUCAGAACAAUCAUCAAAUAUAGGUAGUAAUUCAUCAAUAGCAUCAGCAAGUCGUCGUACAUCAAUGUCAGAUGUAAAAGAAAAAUCACGAAGAGGUAAUUCACAAUUUACUAGAACACCAAAAAGUUUACGUGAAUGGCAUGAAAAACCAGUUAAUCUUCUUGAACAACCAUAUCUUAUAAAAAAUGUUAAUGUUCAAAUUCUUUCACCAAAUAGUGAUCGAACACAUUCGUCUUUCUUUAAUAACAAUGAAAAUUUUAAAUCCGAAGAAAAUUUAACUACUGAAAUUGAAAAUGAUGAUAAUUCAACAAUACAUAUAUUAGAUGUAAAUGAAAAUAAAUAA